AUGGAACUAGCAGUUGCUAAUGGUGAUUUAGAAAUUUUAAAAUAUUUACAUGAAAAUGGUUGUCAAUGGAAUGAUGGUAUAACAUUAGCAGCUACAAAAAAUGGCGAUUUAGAAAUUUUAAAAUAUGCUCAUGAAAAUGGAUGCCCAUGGGAUGAUGGCAUAACUAAAGUGGCUACCGAAAGUGGUAAUUUAGAAAUUUUAAAAUAUACACAUGAAAAUGGAUGCCCAUGGGAUGAUGGCAUAACUAAAGUGGCUACUGAAAGUGGUAAUUUAGAAAUUUUAAAAUAUGCACAUGAAAAUGGAUACCCAUGGGAUAAUGGCAUAACUAAAGUGGCUACCGAAAAAGGUAAUUUAGAAAUUUUAAAAUAUGCACAUGAAAAUGGUUGUCCAUUUGAUGACGGUAUACUUAGUGCUGCUAUAAAAAGAAGUAGCCUAGACAUUUUAAAAUAUCUUCAUGAAAAUGGAUGUCCAUGGGAUGAAAAAACAACAAGUGUCACUGCCACUUAUGGUAAUUUAGAAUUCUUAAUGUAUGCUCAUGAAACCGGAUGUAAAUGGGCCAUUGGAACAACUAAAGCUGCUGCUUUUACAAGGAAUUUUGAUUGUUUAAAAUAUGCACAUGAAUAUGGAUGUUCAUGGGAUUAUGACACAACUAGAGCUUCAGCAGCUAGUGGUUGUUUAGACUGUUUAAAGUAUGCUCAUGAAAAGGAUUGUCCAUGGGAUGAAAGAACAUUAGUUACAGCUGCCGUGCAUGGUAAUUUAGACUGUUUAAAAUAUGCUUAUGAACAUGGAUAUAAAUGGAUUGAAGGUACAAUGAGAGGGGCUGCUGCGAAUCGAAAUGUAGGAUGCCUAAAAUAUGCUUAUGAAAAUGGUUGUGAAUGGGACGAAGGCACAACAAGAGAAGCUGCUGCGAGUGGUUGCAUUAGUUGUCUGAAAUUUGCUCAUGAAAAUGGAUGUAAUUGGGAUGAAGGAACAAUCGCUACCGCUGCCAUGCGUGGUAAUUUAAAUUGCUUAAUAUAUGCCCACGAAAAUGGUUGUAAAUGGGAUGAAGGCACUACAAGACUUGCUGCUGCAAAUCGUCAGUAUCAUUGUUUAAAAUACGCACAUGAGCAUAAUUGUCCAUGGAGUAGAAAUACUAUUUAUGAAGCUGCUAUAAGAGGCUUUUUUGAUAUAACCAGUUAUGCGUAUGAUAAUAACUGUCCUAAUUAG